AUGUACGAGACCACCGCGUUAAGAUGCGUUCUAGUGUUUAGCCUGUGGUAUCAGGUGCACGGCCACGUGGCCGCCAUCGAUCCAGGAGGACAGCAGCUGCUGGCCCAGGCGUCUCAGCUGCAACCGUUGAAGUCACCGCUGGCGUUCGGCGUAGUACCGAACACGGCGACCGCGUUGCCGGUGGAAGACCAGGUGGCGGCCGCGUCGCACAAAAAAAAGAAAAAGAAGAAAAAAUCGAAAAAGUUCAAAAAGGGAGGUGGAUCCAGUCACAAGGCGGACCACUUCAACAAGAAAGGUAAAAAGGCCGACAAGGGUUACAAGUCCAAGCACGAGGAGCACAAGGGAAAAAAGGGCCAUCACAAGAAGGAGGACAAGAAAAAGCAUUUCUCCGAAAAAGGCGGCCACAAGAAGAAGCACCACGACGAGGGCGGUUACUAUGCGGACCAUCACAAGGGAGAGAAGGGCGAAAAGGGACACAAGUACGAGGACAAAGGAGCGUACAAGAAGGGUCACAGCACCAAGGGCAAGCACGAGGUGCACAAGCUGGACGAGUACAAGAAAAACAAAAAGUUCUACGACGAACACCACGACAGUGGACACCACAAGAAGCACGGUGGCUACGAACACAAGCACGGACACAAAGAAGGCAAGAAGUACAAAAAGGGACACAAACACUCUGGACACCAUCACGACCACAAGGGCAAAAAGGGCAAGCACAAGCACGGCAAACACUACAAGGAGAACAAAGGGCACAAAAAGGCGGCCGGACACGACGAGAAGUAUGGACACAAAAAGAAGUACGGCAAGAAAGGAUCGCACGACGAGCACAAAAAAUGGAAAUUUAGCAAGAAACAAUAAGUUAUUGCAUGAUUACUUUUAUACUCUCAGUGAGUCGAUUAUUUUUUUUACUUUAAUAUCUUAUACCAACUAUAAUAGUUUAAGACCUAU